UAUUGUUUUGUGCAGACGUAUGUUGGAAAUGAUUUUAUUGUUUUAUAAAUAAAUUAAUAAAAGAAAUGGGUAACGCGGAUACGAAAUUAAAUUUUAGGAAAGCUGUUGUUCAGCUCACAUCAAAAUCUCAGCCUAUCGACGCUUCUGAUGAAAGUUUUUGGGAUCAAUUCUGGUCAGAGACGGUAACAAAUGUACAAGAUGUGUUUGCUUUGGUACCUGGGGCGGAGAUACGUGCAUUACGCGAGGAAUCACCAAAUAAUUUAGCAACACUUGUAUACAAGGCUGUUGAGAAGUUGGUGAAAAUAGUUGAUAGUAGCUGUAGGACUCAGCGUGAACAACAAACAGCUUUAAACUGUUCGAGAUUGCUGACGCGUGUACUGCCUUAUAUGCUCGAGGAACCCGAAUGGCACAGCUUCUUCUGGUCGUCGUUGCCGGCUGCUUCCGAAAACGAUUCCGUACCACUAGCACAAUCGCUCAUCAAUGCUAUCUGUGAUCUCCUCUUUUGUCCAGAUUUCACAGUCGUGAGCACGAAAAGAUCGGGGCCAGAGCGCGCGGAGGAGCUGUCGUCGCUGGACAGCUGCGAGUACAUCUGGGCGGGCGGCGUGGGCUUCGCGCGCAGCCCGGCGCGCAGCGCGCAGCACGAGGCGGCGCGCGCCGAGCUGCUGCGCCUGCUGCUCACGUGCUGCAGCGAGACCGUGUACAAGCCCGCCGCGCAGGCCGCCACGCACCACAACAAGUGGAUCGCCUAUUUAACAAGUCCCGAAAACCGUCACGCGUUGCCUCUAUUCACGUCGUUACUGAACACGGUGUGCUCGUAUGACCCGGUGGGUCUCGGCCUUCCGUACAAUCAUUUGCUGUUCGCCGACACCUUGGAGCCUUUAGUUGAGGUAGCGCUCCAAGUUUUGAUCGUGACAUUGGACCAUGACACAAGUAAUGUCGUUAACGAGGAUUCUGAUGAGCGGCUUCCUGAUAACCUCUUCAUCAACUACCUAUCCCGUAUCCACCGAGACGAAGACUUUCAGUUCGCCCUACGAGGAGUGACACGACUCCUCAAUAAUCCUCUUCAGCAGACCUACCUCCCAAAUUCAAGUAAGAAGGUGGCCUUACAUCAGGAGCUACUGGUCUUGUUCUGGAAGAUGUGUGACUACAAUAAGAAAUUCAUGUACUACGUCUUGAAAAGUAGUGACGUUCUCGAAGUUCUGGUACCGAUAUUGUAUCACCUAAACGAUUCACGCGCUGACCAGUCUCGCGUGGGCCUGAUGCACAUCGGCGUGUUCAUCUUGCUGCUCCUGUCCGGCGAGAGGAACUUCGGCGUUCGUCUCAACAAGCCGUACACCGCCACGGUGCCCAUGGACAUUCCGGUGUUCACCGGCACUCAUGCGGACCUGCUGGUCGUCGUCUUCCACAAGAUCAUCACCACUGGGCACCAGAGACUGCAGCCACUAUUCGAUUGUCUGCUCACGAUCCUCGUCAACGUAUCACCGUACCUGAAGACUCUCUCGAUGGUGUCGUCGACGAAGCUGCUGCACCUGCUCGAGGCGUUCAGCACGCCGUGGUUCCUCUUCUCGAGACCCCACCACCACCACCUCGUGUUCUUCCUCCUCGAGAUGUUCAACAACAUGAUCCAGUAUCAGUUCGACGGGAACUCCAACCUGGUGUACACGAUCAUCCGCAAGCGCGGCGUGUUCCACGCGCUGGCCAACCUGCCGCACGAGCACGCCGCCAUCGCGCGCUCGCUGGCCGCCGCGCGCGCGCCGCCCGCCGCGCUGCCCAGGUCCCGCAGCGCGGAGUCGGUGGCGGAGGCCGCCAUGGAGGGGUCGCGGCCCGCGCAGCCCGCGGAGCCCGGCACGCUCAACGCGACGCUGCCCGACACGCCAGCGAUCGCGACGAUGACGGAGCGCGAGUCGGCGCACCCGCCGGCGCGCGAGCAGCUGCUGCCGCGGCGCGACGGCGACGGCGAGGACCGCAGCCCCGAGCGCGCGCGCGUCGCGCAGAAGGAGGGGCUGCGCGUGGGCGCGGAGGCGGGCGGCGCGGGGGAGGCGGAGUGGCGGCCGAGCGGCGAGUGGGUGUCGAGCUGGCGCGGCCGCCUGCCGCUGCAGACCAUCAUGCGCCUGCUGCAGGUGCUCGUGCCGCAGGUCGAGAAGAUAUGCAUCGACAAGGGUCUGACGGACGAGUCGGAGAUCCUGCGCUUCCUGCAGCACGGCACGCUGGUGGGGCUGCUGCCCGUGCCGCACCCCAUCCUCAUCCGCAAGUACCAGGCCAACGCGGGCACGGCCGCCUGGUUCCGGACCUACAUGUGGGGCGUUAUAUACAUCCGUAACGUGGACCCGCCGAUAUGGUACGACACCGACGUGAAGUUGUUCGAGAUCCAGCGAGUAUGAUCGUAAGCUCCGCACACACACAUAGUUACAUUUUGUAAUUUUGAAUAGAAUAAUUUCGUAUAUAAUAAUAUGUUGUUAAAACAUCACAUCGCUGGAUCAAAUUAUUUAUUGCACUCGAGGAAAAUAUAUAUUUAUGAAUAUGUUAUUUACUGAAGAUAGAACGUAACUAGGAACACCUGUAUGUAGUCUUCGUCAUUCCGAUAUAAU